AUGGACGAGAAGUCGAUUCUGCGGAAUUCGGGCGUGCGAAUCGUGGAAGUUGGCCCCCGAGAUGGAUUGCAAAAUAUCAAGUCGGCGAUCCCGACGUUAACGAAGGUGGAGCUUGUCUCGAGGCUGAGGAAUACGGGACUGAAAUCGAUCGAGUUGACAUCUAUGGUGUCUCCACGAGCGGUGCCACAACUUGCCGAUGGUCGACAAUUGCUGGCCGAUCGCGAGAUUCAGGGGUUUCUCCAGGACGAGGAAGUCCGUCAUCCAGUGCUGGUACCGAAUAUGAGAGGACUUGAGAGAGCGAUGGAGCUUGGAGUCGGAGAGGUUGCGGUCUUUGUGAGUGCGAGCGAGGGCUUCAGUCGCACGAAUAUCAAUUGCUCGGUUAAUGAAGGUCUCUCCCGCUCGCGACAGGUUGCUCAAAAGGCACUUGAAGCUGGGUUGUCUGUUCGCGGCUACGUGAGCUGUAUCUUCGCCUGCCCAUUCGAUGGACCGACUUCGCAUGAGACAGUGGCUAGAGUUGUGAAAGACUUGCUGGAUAUGGGAUGUUACGAAGUCAGUCUUGGAGAUACCUUGGGAGUUGGGAGUGCCGUUGACGUGAAGUCUUUGUUGGGCCAUCUGCAACGCUCAGGGGUUCCCAUUGACCGACUCGCUGGCCACUUCCACGACACGUAUGGCCAAGCCGUGAGCAACGUCUGGGCGGCGUAUGAGUGUGGCGUGAGGGUCUUCGACAGCAGUGUUGCUGGUCUUGGCGGCUGUCCUUACUGUCCCGGCGCCAAAGGAAAUGCAGCGACCGAAGACGUGGUGUUCCUGUUCGACAGAGCCGGAAUCGAGACCGGCGUAGACCUGGACCAGCUCGCAAUCGUCGGAGCCUGGAUAUCUGCCGAGCUCUCGAUGGCCAAUGGAAGCCGCGCAGGCGCAGCCCUUGCUGCGAGACAAGGUUUCCGAGAGCAACCACGCUCGCAUAAGGAAUCAUUCGGAAAGCUCGAGCAGGAGGAGGUCAUGUCAAAGGCUCAAAAGGACGGCUCCAGACUCUUUCAAGCUGGGGUCAGUCUACGGGCUCUGUGGCAGGUAUGCCAUCUUCUCUGGCGGUCAAGGCAUAAACUGGCGCUGCCGCUGGGUCUUUGA